UUAUUGUUGCUUACUGUGCAAAACAUCCCCGACUCACCUUCCGGGCUGGAGUUUUCAAACACUGGCUAGCGAGCCGCUAGUAUAGCUUAGCUCAGGGAAUUACUGCUGUCUUCUCUGCGUUCGCGCCUGUCGUCAAGCCCAUCAAUGUCGAGCGCGAAGAGGAGAAGAGCUACUUCACCCGCCAGCAGUGUGAGCGGAGGAGGGGACCUCGACGAAAUAUCCUCUACUCAUGGAAGUGGUCGCAAAAGGAAAUGGGCUUCCAGUGUUCCACCUGUAGAUACGAUUGCUGUAUGCCAUGAGCUGUUCAACGCUGUCAGGGACUACAAGGAUGAUCAAGGAAGAAACCUCAGUGAACUUUUUCUAAGGGUGCCAAAAAGAAGAAACCUGCCUGAUUACUAUGAGGUGGUGUCCCAGCCUAUUGACAUGACAAAAAUUCAACAUAAACUGAAGUCGGAAGAUUAUCAACAGGUGGAGCAACUCACUGCAGACUUCCAGCUCAUGUUCAACAAUACCAAAUCAUUUUACAAGAGGGACAGCGAGGAGUAUCAAGCUGCCAGCAAGCUGUGGAUUAUCUAUUUGCAGACUAGAAAUGACUUUUUGCAGAGCGGAGAUGGAGAAGAUGACGACGAUGAUGGCGAAGACAUGAUGGAUAACCCAGGAGUGUCAACAGAAGAUGAGGCAUCCUCCAGCAGCUUAAAGGAAACGUUAGAGCAACUUCUAGCGGCGGUGGUUUUGUACACUGACUCCUCAGGUCACGUAGUCAGUAAACUCUUUGAGAAAUUGCCUUCCAAAAUACAUUACCCAGACUACUAUGCUGUUAUAAAGGAUCCCAUAGAUCUGAGAACAAUCGCUCAAAGAAUACAGAUGGGAUACUACAAAAGUGUCAGUGCCAUGGGCAAGGACAUUGACCUCAUGGCCAAAAAUGCCAAAACAUACAAUGAACCUGGCUCUCAGGUUUUUAAGGAUGCAAACACCAUUAAGAAAGUGUUUAUUCAGAAGAAAACUGACUUGGAACACGCUGAGCCCACCAAAUCGAGUCUUCGCAUCAGAAAUCGCAGGUCUGGUCAGGGAGAUCGACUUUCUGGCGUCAGCGUAGCUCUACAGUACGGCUCAGAGAGUGAGGAUGACCCUGUGCUCUCUGGCUCCGUGUGCUACGACGAAGGUGAGUCGGAGGCCGAGAGCCAGAGUUCUCGCAUGGAAAUGAGCAACCCCAUCUUCCAGCUGUACGAAGCAGUACGAGGUGCGAGGAACAGUCAGGGACAGCUGUUUUCUGAACCAUUCCAGAAUCUGCCCUCCCGCAAGGAAUAUCCUGACUAUUACCAGCAGAUUAAACAGACCAUUUGUCUGCAGCAAAUCAGGACAAAGAUGAAGAAUGGUGAAUAUGAAAAUAUGGAACAAAUGGAUGCCGACCUCACUUUGAUGUUUGAGAAUGCUAAGCAAUACAACAUGCCCAACUCAAGCAUCUAUAAACGGGCCCUCAGACUUCAGCAGAUUUUGCAGGCGAAAAAGAGGGAACUUCUGAGAAGAGAUGAUGAGGAUGGUGACAGUCUGCUGUCAUCUGAUGCAGGCAGCAUCAAGAGAAAAAGCCACAAGAAAAAUGUAAAAAAGAACCGAAUGAAAGCCCUGUAUGCUGCAGUGACCGAUGCCAGGGAGGCAGGCAGCAGUCGCCGCCUUUGCGAUCUGUUUAUGGUCAAGCCGUCCAAGAAGGACUACCCCGACUACUAUAAAGUUAUCCUGGAACCCAUGGACCUGAAGACAAUCGAGCACAACGUUCGCACCGAGCGCUACGCCACGGAGGAUGCGCUGAUGGAUGACAUGAAGUUGAUGUUCCGCAACGCCCGCCAUUAUAAUGAGGAAGGAUCUCAGGUAUACAAUGAUGCUGACAUCCUGGAGAAGAUCCUAAAAGAUAAACGCAAGGAGUUGGGACAGCCACCUGAAGAGGGGGAUGUGGGUUCUACCAAAUUAAAACAGAGAAAGAGUGGCAUCUCUCCAAAGAAGACUAAAUACCUCACCCCGCUGCAGCAGAAGUUAAAUGAACUCUAUGACGCCGUGCGGAAUUUCACUGACCGACGAGGCCGCCGCCUGAGCACCAUAUUCCUUCGUCUGCCGUCUCGUGCCGAGCUGCCCGACUACUAUGCUACCAUCAAGCGGCCCAUCGACAUGGAGCGCCUGCGCAGCCACAUGGUGGCCGGACGCUACCAGGACGUGGAGGCACUUGUGGAGGACUUCACAGUCAUGUUCAACAAUGCUUGCAUGUACAAUGAGCCAGAAUCUCUCAUUUACCGGGAUGCGCUCAUGCUGCAUCGGGUGCUCCUGGAAACACGCAAGCAGCAGGAGGGAGGGGAAGAUUCCGGGCCCCCUGCUGUGGGGAAUCUGGUGCGUGAGAUGAUCAGGAACCUGCUGGUGUCGGUGCUGGGCCACCAGGACGACGAAGGACGAUGCUACAGUGACUCGCUGGCAGAAAUUCCCGCUGUAGAUCCAGAUACCCCAGAGAAACCUCCGCUAAACUUUGACAUUAUCAGAGUAAACGUGGAGCGCCGUUACAGGAGACUCGAUGUCUUCCAGGAGCACGUGUUUGAAGUGCUGCAGAAGGCCAGGAGGCUGCACAGAACUGACUCUGAGGUAUUUGAUGACUCAGUGGAGCUCCAACAGUUUUUCAUCAAGAUCCGGGAUGAGCUGUGCAAGAACGGCGAGAUUCUGCUGACCACAGCGCUCAACUACACUUUGAAACACCUGCACAACGACGUGGAGCAGGAGAAGAGGGAGAAAAUACCCAAAGAAAUUGAGGAGGAUAAGGAGAAGGAGGAGGAGCCAAGCAAAGCUUCAAAGGUCAAGAACUUGCCAACUGAAGUGUGGCGGCCUGAGUUGCAGACAGAUCUCGUAUAUCAGCAACAAUGCACAUUCGGCAACACCACCUACCACGUGGGGGAGUAUGUCUAUGUGGAGCCAUCGGAAGCCAACCUGAAGCCUCACAUCGUCUUGAUUGAGUAUCUUUGGGAGGAUGAACAAGGUGAAAAGUGGCUCUAUGGCUGCUGGUUUUACAGGCCAAGGGAAACCUUCCACAUGGCCACUCGCAAGUUCCUGGAGAAUGAGGCCUUCAAGAGCGACUACUACAACAGAGUGGCCUUCAGUAAGGUCUUGGGUAAAUGUGUGGUCAUGUUUGUAAAGGAUUACUUCAAACUACAACCAGAGGGCUACAAAGACGAGGACGUGUACGUUUGUGAAUCAAGAUACACUGCCAAGUGCAAGAUGUUCAAAAAGAUCAAGAUCUGGGGUGUGCCUCCAAGCCCCAUCAGAUUUGUUCCCCGAAACGUGCCUCUGCCCGUUGUUCGCGUUGCAUCCAUGUUUGCCAAGCCUGACCUGGAGAAACUUGAGAAAAUGUCCUUUGCAGACAGCAGCAGUUUCAUAGACAAAGAAAGGGAGGAUGUCCCAAUGGAGGUGAGCGGUGGAGAGCCAGACUGUCACUACUAUGAACAGUUGCACUAUAACAACAUGUGGUUCAAAGUAGGGGACUGCGUUUACAUCCAGUCACAUGGUCUCGCCAAGGCUCGGGUUGCCAGGUUGGAGAAACUUUGGGUGCAGAAUGGAACCACUUUUUUCUUUGGGCCCAUCUUCAUCCACCCAGAGGAGACAGUGCAUGAGCCCACAAAAAUGUUCUACAAGAGAGAGGUUUUUCUGAGCAACCUGGAGGAGACCUUGCCCUUGACGUGCAUCAUAGGCAAAUGCAUGGUGUCCUCUUUCAAGGACUACCUGUCAUGCAGACUUACAGAGGUUGCAGAAGAGGAUAAUCUUCUUUGCGAGAGCCGCUACAUAGACUCUGAGAAACAGGUGAAAAAGUUCAAGGGGCUCAAGCGCUUCUCAUACUCUUCUAAAGUGGUGGAGGAUGAAGUCUAUUAUUUCAGGAAACUAAUAGUGCCGCAGAAAGAAGCUUCUCCCUUUUUGGAUAAGAAAAUAGAAGAGCUGGAGGUGAAAUUAGCAGAUAUAGAGGAUGGAGAGGAUGACAUGGAUGACAUUGAGGAAGACGACGAAGGCAUAGAGACGCCCUCAAUGCCUCAGAUGCAAACCUCUCUGACAAGUGAUAUGGACAGCAUGCCUUACACACCUUCACAGUCCACACCAAAGAUUAAAGGCUUGUCAAAGAAGGAAGGCGCAAAGAGAAAGAUCAACAUGAGUGGGUACAUCCUGUUUAGCAGUGAGAUGCGGGCAGUCAUCAAGGCUCGACAUCCAGACUUCUCCUUUGGUGAACUGAGUCGUCUGGUGGGGACCGAGUGGAGGAACCUCGAGGCCGUCAAGAAAGCAGACUAUGAAGAACGGGCAGCUAAAAUCGUGGAGCAACAGGAGCGGGAGAGGCCAGCCCUGAAGCAAGCAUCCCCAAGAUCAGGUACCCCUGUAGGGUCACUGAUCGGGGUCGUGCCUUCGCCUAGCACUAUGGGCAUGAUAAACCAGACCAUGACACCUAUGUCAGGCAUGAUGGGAGCUUACGGGCCACAUUACAUGCCCAUGCAGGGCCCCCAUGACGGUUUGUUGAGUGUGGCCCCAAUGUCACCUUACCAAGCAGGGGGCCCCCAUCUGCCACCUCAUCAUCUCCAGCAAGUUGGUAUGCCUGGGUACCCGGGCAUGCUUCAUCAUGGUAUGGUGGGCACUAGUGUCAAUGGCAUUUCAGGAAGUCCUGCUCCAGGAGGCUUCAUGCAGCAGCCUGGGAUGUUCAGCCCAGGACAGCAUGCUCCUCCACCUUACCCAGGCCCGGGCCAGACCCCGCCCAUGUUUGUAGCUCCACCGCCGAAGACUCAGAGGGUGCUGCACUCAGAGGCCUACCUGAAGUAUAUCGAGGGCUUGAAUUCAGACUCCAGCACGGUCAGCAAGUGGGACCAGACACUGAAAGCUCAAAGGCGAGACGCUCACAUGACCAAAGAGCAAGAGAGCCGACUGCCAGCUCACUGGCUGAAGAGCAAAGGAGCCCACAAUACAAUGGCGGAUGCGUUGUGGCGCCUGCGUGACCUGAUGCUGAGGGACUCUCUGAACAUUUGUCAGGCGUACAACGUGUAGGACUUGCACUACUUGUAACCGCGCCUCUCACGCCACCUACUCUCAAACUUGGAAAGGAACUGUAGACCCUAGAAGCAAUAUUUUAUAGCAAUUCCUAAUCAAUUUUAUAUUUAUUAGUAACCUUAAUGAGCUUAAUAGUUGUUGUGCAUUUCCAUUUUUUUUUUUUUUACUCUGCGGAUUAUUUUUUGCUGCAAAACAAGCGUUUUAGUUUAUUGGUACAAACUCAUGAAUUCUAUUUAAUGACAAGUUUAGUAAUGUUCAAAAUAAUAGCAGUCCAAUGUGACUAACCAAAUUAAUCCACGUUUUCAGUAUUGUUUUAUUGCUACAUGUCACAAUAGUUACCAGUAAGUGCUGUAGAUUCUCAGAAAACCAACAAGACCCAGCACUCAUGAUACACACUCUUAAGGCUGUGCAAUUGUGCAAUUUCUUGAAAAGAGUGCGUUCAAAAAAAAUAGCAUUGUGGCAUUCAAUAAUGGAGCUCAUCAGUUUUGUGAAAACAAGUGAAUCAUCCAUCCAUCUAUUUCCUUAUGCCGCUUAUCCUCACAUGGGUCGCAGGGAGUGCUGGAGCCUAUCCCAGCUGUCAACAGGCAGGAGGCGGGGUACACCCUGAACUGGUUGCCAGCCAAUUGCAGGGCACACAGAGACAGAUAAGUCGCACUCACAGUCACACCGAGGGGCAAUUUAGAGAGUCCAAUUAAUGUUGCAUAUUUUUGGGAUGUGGGAGAAAACCCACGCAGGCACGGGGAGAACAUGCAAACUCCACACGGGCUGGGCCGGGAUCGAACCCGGGUCCUCAGAACUGUGACUCCGACGUUUUAGCAGCUGAUCCACCGUGCCACCCACUGGUGAAUCAGGUGGCCCCUAUUUAAGGAUGAAGCAGCACCUUUUGAACAUGCAUAUUUCCUUGAAAACCUGAGGAAAAUAGGUCGUUCAACACAUUGUUCAGAAGAACAGAGUACUUUGAUUAAAAGUUUGAUUGGAAAGGGGAAACCUUGUAAAGAGGUGCAAAAAAAAAACAAAAGACACCUGGGAAAAAAAGAAGACAACCUUCAAAAUGGACCGCAGAAUAACCAGAAUGGCAAAGGCUCAGAUGAUGAUCAAGGACAGUCUGGAGUUACCUGUAAGUACCGUGACAGUGAGAAUAAGUCUGUGUGAAUCUGUUUACAAGAAGAGGCUACAAUUUGCCAAAGAGCACAUCAAGUAUCCUUAAGAGAAAUGGAGGAACAUUUUGUGGACUGAUAAGAGUAAAAUUGUUUUUGGAUCCAGGGGCCGCAGACAGCUCAUACACAUGCACAGUCUUGGGUCCGAACCAGCAAAAUUAAUGUCAUGAAGUGGGACCUCUGGGGUGACAUCAAAAAUGGUGCUUCUGAAGCAACACCAAGAAAUGUAAAACAAUUCUGGAAUGUUGUUAAGGAAUCUUGGAGCGGAAUAACAGCUGAAAGGUACCACAAUUUGGUUGAUUCCAUGACACACAGAUGUCCAGUUAUUAAAAAAAUGGUUAUACAACUAAAUAUUACUUUGAUGAGUCAAACGAUUGGUGAAUCCUAAGACCAAAGUUUAUACAAAAUAGUUUUGUUUGUAAAGUCACCGGCAGACUGCUUUUUUUUUUUUUUUUUUUUUUUACACACACCCCUUUCGAGCAAUUGCCCAAUUAUACAGCUUUGACUGUUUAUAUCAUGCAUGCUGGGUCUUGUUGGUUUUCUGAGAAUCUACUGGUGAGCUUUUUGACAUGCAGCAAUUAAAAAAUUUGUUGAAAAUGUGGACUAAAGUUCUUAGUCAUGUAGGAUUACUAUUAUGUUGAACACUACUGCAGUUGUUACUGUGAUGAAUCAAACUAAAAUUUUCCAUCCAUCCAUUUUCUGAGCCGCUUAUCCUCACGAGGGUUGCAUGAGUGCUGGAGCCUAUCCCAGCUACCAUUGGGCGGGAGGCGGGGUACACUCUGAACUGGUUGCCAGCCAAUUGACCCCUCCGUACAGGCCACUUAACCACGCCUCCUGAAGUUACGUCACCCCACGUGUGCUAACCUCAGACAAACAAUUAGCAAAAAUGGCAGCGCAGGAAGAAAAGACUAGAGCGAAUAUACCAGCUGAUUUCUCACUCGCAUUCUUAGCUAACAGUGAAAUAUCGUUGAAAAGCAGACAGCAGGGCUUCAAGUAUUUCAGCGAGGGGUAUUUCAAUGGUAUUUACAUGCAUAUCGACGGAGAAACCAUUGAUAUUAGCACGAAAUCUUUCCGGAGUCAGAGGAAGACCGAGAAGCCACAUAAUAUAAUAUAUUAUAACCCAAAGACACAAUUCGUCAUUGACAGUUUCCUAUUUUCGUGUUACAUAUCACACUUGUGUGCAGAAUCUGUAUGUGUAUCUGUAUAGCCGUUUGUGAACCGCUGUAUGAAGGAAAAGAAGGCGAGGCUUGAUUUACGAGUUGUUUCUCUCGUUUUCUUUGUGUAACGUCACGCGCUCCCCUCAACAAUUAUUCUUGAAUUAGUGCCGAACCUACGUAAGUCCCGACCGAGUACAACAAUCACUACUUGAGUGUCCUCAAACAUCCUUCCUUCAGUCUUGGUGUCUCGGUGCACGUCGAAGGCUUUUAGGACUGCUCGUCCGGUUUAGGACUGCUAGUCCGGUUUAGCUUAGCUCACCGCCAACAAAGAGACACGUUUGUGCAGUCAGAUCAUCGCAAAAUAUCGCUCAAGACAGAUAGUGUGUCAAUCAUUCACACUUAGCUAUGUUGUGCAAGCGAAGAACUGCUAAUGCAUUUAUAUGAGACAUGUAUUGAAAAUCAAAUAUAGGGCAUACCUUCGUGCAAACAAACAAAGUCCGGUUUAGCUUAGCUCGGGAGCCCCGAACAGAGACACGUUUGUGCAGUCAGAUCAUCGCAAAAUAUCGCUCAACACAGAUUACGUGUGUCAAUCAUUCACACAUGUUAUGCAAGCGAAGAACUGCUAAUUCAUUUAUAUGAGACAUGUAUUGAAAAUCAAAUAUAGGGCUUACCUUCGUGCAAACAUAUCUGUUCCGGUUGAUGGAUUCAGUUGAUGAUGCGGUCUUCCAUCGAAGACAUUUUUCGUACUGGGUCUUCGGUUUUGGAAAGGGUACGAAUUGAACUCCACCCACUAGCCUUUCAGGAUACCUGUCAUCACUAUUAUAAAGUCCGUGACUACACCUCUUAACCAUAUCUAUUGUUAAAGAACCCAAAUACGCGAUAAAUCACUAAAAAAAAGCUAUACUGGACCAUGCAAUGUUGUCUGAGGGAACGGCGGGGCCGAAAAGGGGCGUGGUUUAUGCAGAUCUCUGGACUCUGAUUGGCCAGCGACGCGGAUGACGCAAUUUCUACAGAGGGGUCAAUUACGGAAACAGACAAGUCACAGUUUAGUCUCCAAUGGACCUUUCCGAUGGUGAUCUUAAGCUCCGCCCCCUUAACCAUGUCCCACAAGCUUACAAAAUGGCGAUUGAGUAGAACAUAUUUGAAGUGGAUUUUCUAUUGUGUAUUCCAGAUAAUAUUGGGGUAUGAUUUUUGCCAAAUGCGUCAGAUGUGUCCAAGAUAGUCCAACAGAGAGGUCUCAACUAUUUCACGCAAGGAUAUGUACACGGAAUUAAGAUUUUGGACGAAGCAGGACACAAUGUCAGAGUUACAGUGAAACGUUGUAAAAAGUUUGACGCCUCACAAACUUCAUAGUGAAAUCCAACCGGAUAAAAUAGCGGAAUCGUACUGUGCAUGUAGAGCAGUGUGAGUACUUUUUACUUGGGAAGAUCAUAAAUAAUAUCAUUGUAGUCUUUAGAAAUGAGUGGGUGUUUUCAUUUGACUUGGCUCGUAAUGGAACCCAGUGCUCUGUUUUAAAAGUCCAAUGUGAUACAAAUCAAAUGGACAUUUCUCUUGCAUGACAUGGUGCAUUUACGCGUCACUAACCCGACUCUUCGGCAUAAAACAUGACACACUUCUUCAUUCAGCAGGUCAGUGAUACGCUAACAAAGUGAAAGUUGUUCUCCUGCAAUGUAUCAAGCGCUGAUAAUGAUUCAAUCAUACACAGAGAAGAUACUUCUCCCUCAAUUACCUUCAAACAUACAGCCUUGUGUUUGUUAUUGUUCGCCUUUACUUGUACGUGCGGUCUUCCGCAAGCCUUAAUCCAUCUUAGACACUUUGUCAACUGUGUUUUAGGCUUUGGAAAAUGAAUCAAUCGCGCCACUUGUACCCUAGCAAGAUAUAUUGUGUCAGAAUUGCACAUUCCCCAAGCUCUUCUGAGGACCUUUUUCUUUAUAGCAUUAACUUUUCCAAGCGCACGCUACUGACAACCCAGCAUUGCUUGUGGGACAAUACGGCGAGAGGGGCGUGUCAAGCCAGGGGUUAAGAUAAUGCGGCUAUCUGAUUGGCUCGUAUUGUACGAGUGAUUGACAGGUCGGGAAGGUCCAUUAAUGCAUGUUUUUUGGGAGGGAGGAAACCGCAGUGCCCAGAGAAAAACCAAACUGGAAAACAUGCAAACUCCAAGAAAUGUACCAUAUUUCCUCAAAUAGAUGCCUUACCCCACUUGAAUAAAUCAACACUGCACCUCAUCGACUCCCUUCCUCUCCUUAGGUUAAAAAGUAAAAGGUGGUUCCACCCACUAGGUCAUAGGUGUCAAACUCAAGGCCUGCCACAUUUUAUGUGGCCUGGGAAAGAAAAUUGUGUCAACUUCCAUGGCUAUUGCUAAAAUCUGUACCUAAAUUUCAAAUUGUCAUGUUUAAUAAAUUAUGUUGAAGUC